CCCCGUUAAACCGGCGACGGUGUCGAAAAUUCUCAACUCAUGUUUGCGAGUUUUCUCUAACUGAAUUUCUCUGUGAGCAAAUCAUUCCAUUAGGUUGCUAGGUCUUCGUAUUGUAGCAGUAAUCAUCGUCGGUUCGGAAGAUGGUGGAGCCCCCACCGUCGACGGACCAGAGGUCCAUAACCAUAACGGAUCUCAACAUGGACGCGCUGGUUCACUGUGCAAGCUACCUGAACCUCCAAGACCUCUCCAAUAUGGCAAUGUCCUGCACAUACUUCAAUAGAGUGGCCUACAGCGAUUCAAUCUGGCAAAGCUUGUUCAGGGAGCGGUGGCCGCAACGAGUACCUUCUAGCUUUUCACAGAUAUCAGGUGCCAGGAAAGCAUAUUUGGCUAGGAAUACUGCUUUACAGCAGUUUAAGUUCGUCGAUCCCCUACUUGCCGACUAUUAUACGCACUCAAAGCCUUAUGACCAGUUAUUUUUGGACAAAAACGAUAUCAUUUUUUCGCAGGGCCCAUUGAUACAUAUGAUUAGGAUUGGUGAGUUUCUCAAUGGAAAAGAUCCUCUUGUUACACUUAGUGAUCAUCGUGCUAGAAUUACCUGUAUGAGAUUGUUCUCUCUCAGUGAAACAUCUUUAUUUCGAAGUGAGACACAAAGAAAUGAGAAUGUUUUGGUAACCUCAAGCUGUGACCAUUCUAUUCGUCUAUGGUGGAACGUAUCCUGGUGUUUUGUGGAAAAAAAAUUGCUGAAGAUUGAAUCCUAGUUUUUUGGUCCCUAAAUGAUUUGUAGGAAAGAAUAUAAAUUACUGUGGCACAAAAAUACAAAAAUUAGCGUAUUUUGUUGUAAUAUUGGCACCUUUGUUGGUUUGUUAAAACAUAUGUUUUAUUUUUAGUUCGUUAUAUCUUUUGCCACCCCCAUUAAAUUCAUCUGUGCCAUGCUGAUCUGCAGGGAUGUUGUCAGCGAUGUUUCAGAGGCCAUAGUGGCACGGUUUCCACCCUUUCGGAUAAAGUAUUUGGUAGUGGAGGUGUAGAUGGUACUGUUCGCCUUUGGUCACUUGGCUCUAGCGGAAAGCAUGGUAAACAUGCUUUAAAGGCAACACUUUAUGGGCAUGAGAGACCUGUAGUAUUGAUGUCAGUUGCCGGGUACAUACUUGUUCCUUUAUGUGAUUUAUUACCAUCAGCAUCACAAUCAUUAUGAUUAGAAUUACUUGUGUGUUUUCAUUGCUGAAGAAGUGAGACACAGUUCAUUUAGGCUCCAUAAUGUCGAUGUCUUGAUAGUUUGUGCUUCCUGUAGUUUUUUACCUGUAGAUGUCAUCAUUUAUAUUCACUGACUUAAUUUUCAAAAUUAAAGGAGGAUGAAUUCAAAUUUAUCCCAUAGUUCCUUGUCUUUGCUUGCCAUGUUGCUGCAUAACAGUAUACUUUGGAUACAACUUGUAUUUAACACAAUCAAGUGUAUGGUUAACAUCUUAUGAGAGUAUAUUUUGAAGCAUGAACCAAGGGUGGGUACAGAAGCAUGUUUUGGAGAAAUUGUCAGCAUCUAAAAUGUUUUGUUUCGCUGUUGUUAAAAAGUUAUUGGCAGAAUGUCUUUUGUGCCAGGGAUGUACUUGAAACAUAUAGGCUAUGUUUGGUUAGUAUCUCGGGAACAAUUUUUUGUUCUUAAAAUUUCAAAAACUCCCAAAACCUGUUUGUUUAGUAUUUUUGUUCUCUAAAUUUUGGGAAAAAAUGAGAUUUGAGU